AUGGCUUCCCCCACCCAGGGCCAGGUCAUCACCUGCAAAGCGGCGGUGGCGUACGAGCCGAACAAGCCGCUCGUGAUCGAGGACGUGCAGGUGGCGCCGCCGCAGGCCGGCGAGGUCCGCGUCAAGAUCCUCUUCACCGCGCUCUGCCACACCGACCACUACACCUGGAGCGGCAAGGAUCCUGAGGGUCUCUUUCCUUGCAUUCUUGGCCACGAAGCUGCCGGAGUUGUGGAAAGUGUCGGCGAAGGAGUAACUGAGGUGCAGCCUGGGGAUCAUGUCAUUCCUUGUUACCAGGCAAAAUGCAAAGAGUGCAAGUUUUGCAAGAGCGGAAAGACCAACCUCUGUGGUAAGUGUUCAAAGAUCGACCCACAGGCACCCCUAGAUAAAGUCUGCCUGCUCGGUUCUGGUGUUUCUACUGGUCUUGGAGCAGUGUGGAAUACUGCAAAGGUUGAAGCUGGCUCUAUUGUUGCUGUUUUUGGCCUUGGCACAGUUGGACUUGCAGUUGCUGAGGGUGCAAAAGCUGCUGGUGCUUCUCGAAUUAUUGGCAUUGACAUUGACAAUAAAAAGUUUGACGUUGCAAAGAACUUUGGAGUUACAGAAUUUGUUAACCCAAAAGACCAUGACAAACCGAUACAGCAGGUCUUAGUUGAUCUUACAGAUGGUGGUCUGGAUUACAGUUUUGAAUGCAUUGGAAAUGUUUCAGUUAUGAGGGCUGCACUGGAAUGCUGCCACAAGGGCUGGGGAACCUCUGUCAUCGUUGGUGUCGCUGCUUCUGGCCAGGAGAUUGCCACACGGCCAUUCCAGCUCGUUACUGGCCGUGUCUGGAAGGGAACAGCUUUUGGUGGCUUCAAGAGCCGAACCCAGGUCCCAUGGCUUGUUGAUAAGUACAUGAACAAGGAAAUUAAGGUGGAUGAGUACAUUACCCACAACAUGAACCUGGCUGACAUCAAUGACGCGUUCCACCUGCUCCACGAAGGUGGCUGCCUGCGCUGCGUGCUGGCAAUGGAAAUUUGA